AUGGCGCAAUUCCAUUUCCUCCAGGGCAACAUCAAUCACUCUGCCAGAGCUCAGGAUCUUCUACUCCAGAGCAUGGCAGAGUGGUCGAUCGACGUGGCUGUGGUCGCCGAGCCGUACUUCGUCCCCGCCCGUGUCAACUGGUUGGGGUGCGCUGAUGGUUUGGUGGCCAUUAUUGGCGGGACUCUGAUCGACCCGUCCAGGGGCCGCGGCUGGGUUGCCGCGGUUUCGGACGGCAUCGCCGUCGUGGGGACGUAUUUCUCCCCCAACAAGAGUCUCGCCGACUUCGAGGGUUUCCUUGUCGAGUUGGGUGCCGUCGUGAACCGCUACCACCCUCGUCCCGUUCUGGUGCUCGGGGAUCACAACGCCAAGUCAUCGGCGUGGGGAUCUCCGGUCACUGACUCUCGGGGCGAGGUGUUGGAAGAGUGGGCGGUGACGACCGGUCUGGUCGUCCUGAAUCGGGGUUCGGAAUACACGUGCGUGCGGCAGCGGGGCGGGUCGAUUGUGGACGUUUCGUUCGCAAGCCCCUCUGUCGCCGGCCGAGUCCGAGACUGGCGUGUCGCCGCGGAGGUGGAGACGUUAUCGGACCAUCGUUAUAUCCGGUUCGACGUCUCCGCUCAGACCGCGAACGGCCGCCAUCCAACAACCCCGAUCAACGACGGCCCCCGAUGGGCGCUCAAGAACAUCGACAGGGAACUACUCGAGGAAGCUGCCUUAGUCCAGUCCUGGAUCUGGGAGUCGGCGACGGACGGCCUCGUCGACGCUUCCGCAAGGCGCCGGGUGUACUGGUGGACCGACGAGAUCGCGCGGCUGCGCGUUGAGUGCGUCGCAGCUCGCCGCCGGUACACUCGAUACCGGAGACGACGUCGACGGGAUCCCGUCGAGGAGGGCGCGCUGUAUGAGGUGUACCGCGCGUCCAAGGAGACUCUGUGGCUGGCCAUCGGCGACUCGAAGUCGCGUGCCAGGGAGGAGCUGCUGGGGUCCCUGGACCGGGAUCCGUGGGGGCGCCCCUACCGUUGGGUACGGGGCAAGUUGCGUCCCUGGGCGCCCCCAGUGGUCCAGGGCAUGCAGCCCCAGUUGCUAGAGGCGGUGGUGUCGGCCCUCUUCCCUGAGCGGACGGGACACGUUCCCCCGGCGAUGGCCCAAGCUGAUGGGAACGAAGUUAAUGCGUUAAGGACUGAGGUCCGUGAGUUCCGCGAGGAAUUGAUGGGCAGAGUCGACGCACUGGAAGUCCGAGUUAAUGAAGUGGAGGAAAAGAUUGAGCAAUCGGUUUCUCCUCGUCUUGCAGAGCUGGAAACGACUGUUAGCGAGCUUAAGCUGCAGCUCAAUGAGCGUGAGCAGGAGUCGUUGCUCAAUGAUGUGCAAGUUUCUGGUGUGCCGGAGACUAAGGGGGAGAACCCAACCCAGCUAUUGAACUUUCAGGACGUUAAAUUGGGCGUGUCACUUGAUGAGCGUGACGUGGUGUUUGUCAGAAAUUUAAAGCAGUAUCCGCUGUCAACAGAGUUGCAUCUCGCCUACACAAAGCUUCUAAUGUGA